CUCUCCAUUUGUCCUACCAAAAUCUCUCCUUUGCUUAGCUCCUCAAUUCCUCUUCCUCCUCUUUGUCGAGUUCCCCAAAUCCAAUCCCCUCGUGAAGCUCUCCUCCCUUCGCCCCUAGAGGUCGAGACCGGCGCAGGCGUCCCCUCCGGGAUGGGAUCAGGAGCGGGGUGGCUCCCCGUGGCCCUCCUGCUGCUGGCCGCCUCCGUCCUCUCGCCGCGGGUCGCCGCAGCCGCCGCCGCCGCCGGCGGCGAGGCCGAGCAUGCCGUUCAGCAGCACAGCGAGCGCAUCUCAGGGAGUGCUGGUGAUGUGUUAGAAGAUAAUCCUGUGGGGAGGUUGAAGGUUUUCAUUUAUGACUUGCCGAGGAAGUACAACAAGAAGAUGGUCACCAAGGAUCCACGGUGCCUCAAUCACAUGUUUGCUGCAGAAAUUUUCAUGCAUCGUUUCUUGCUCUCAAGUGCUGUGCGGACUCUAAAUCCCAAGGAGGCGGACUGGUUCUAUACGCCAGUUUAUACUACUUGUGAUUUAACUAAUGCUGGACUGCCCUUGCCAUUUAAGUCACCACGGGUGAUGAGGAGUGCAAUCCAAUAUAUUUCAAACAAAUGGCCCUUCUGGAACAGAACUGAUGGAGCAGAUCACUUCUUUGUUGUUCCGCAUGAUUUUGCAGCAUGCUUCCAUUACCAGGAAGAAAAGGCUAUUGAGCGUGGAAUUCUUCCAUUGCUGCGACGUGCUACUUUGGUUCAAACUUUUGGACAGGAAAAUCAUGUCUGUCUGAAGGAGGGUUCUAUCAUUAUCCCACCCUAUGCUCCUCCACAGAAAAUGCAAGCUCAUCUGAUUUCCCCUGACACUCCACGCUCAAUCUUUGUUUACUUCCGGGGACUUUUCUAUGAUACAGGGAAUGACCCUGAGGGCGGGUACUAUGCCAGAGGUGCACGAGCUUCCCUGUGGGAGAAUUUCAAGAGCAACCCUCUAUUUGAUAUUUCCACAGAUCACCCUGCCACUUACUAUGAAGACAUGCAGCGUGCUGUCUUCUGCCUGUGCCCAUUGGGCUGGGCACCAUGGAGCCCUAGAUUGGUUGAGGCUGUGGUCUUUGGCUGCAUUCCAGUUAUCAUAGCUGAUGAUAUUGUGCUACCAUUUGCGGAUGCAAUUCCAUGGGAGGAAAUUGGUGUCUUUGUCGAGGAGAAGGAUGUCCCGAAGUUAGACACAAUCCUCACAUCAAUGCCAAUCGAUGACAUUUUAAGAAAGCAAAGGUUACUUGCAAAUCCAUCAAUGAAGCAGGCCAUGUUGUUCCCGCAUCCAGCCCAACCGAGGGAUGCAUUCCACCAAAUCUUGAACGGUCUUGCUCGCAAGCUGCCACACCCUGAGGGAACAUACUUACAACCUGGCGAUAGGCAUCUCAACUGGACUGCUGGACCUGUGGGAGAUCUGAAGCCCUGGUAGCGAAGAGCAAUCUUCUUAUCGGAUAAGCUUUUCCAUGGAAACCCCAUAGGAGUAGUCUAUACUUCAUGAAGUGUGAUGUAAUCGAAAUGUUGUGCUUUAGGUGCAAAAUACACCCUGGCCUUGUCUAGUCCUUAUGAACACCAUGUAACUUAUUAUCUUUCGAUAGAAAUGAAAUGGUGUUUAUCUUGCUAUCAAAA